UACCUAGGACAGGGCGAAUGCCCAUUACGACAUUCCAGUUUAGUGAUGCUCGCAUGUGAGAGAGGUACCUAAGGUUAGGUAGGUAUCUAGGCAGGUUGUGCCUGUAGUGAGGUUAGUAAAUCCCCGGGCUUACGAGGUAUUGUCGAGGUACCGCGGCUCGGCGUCGAGAGAGUGACGUUGCGUGGAAGCCCAUCCGUAACAACUCGCGACUGGCUGGGUACUUAGGCAUCCCUGUAUACAAAGGCAGAGACCGGCACUCUUCUCAUUUGUUUUCUCCUACACCUUUCCCCCCCUCGGUGAGACACGAAAUGAUACCCGUAGAAGCUCAGUAGAGCUGCGCUGCCUACCUAUUAGCUACCUCUGCCCGCCUGGUCUUCCUACCUUCCCACUUGCUUCCUCGCCUACCCCACAACAUUUCCCCCUGGCCCUCGACAGCUUCGCCUUCGUCGAGAGGAAACGGGAGAGAAGGGCAAUACCGAAAAGAGGGGAGAGAGGAGCGCAGAUUACGCACCGCCAAAGAGGCAUAGCACAGCGACCGACCGGGGGGGAAUGGCGAGCAAAGACGCCCCUGGGCCCGUCAUCAUCAUCGGCGCCGGCCUUGCCGGUCUCGUCACUGCCUUCGAGCUGUCGAGGAAUGGCGUGCGCGCCAUCAUCGUCGAUCAGGAGGGCGAGCAAAACCUCGGCGGGCAGGCCUUCUGGUCGCUCGGCGGCAUCUUCUGUGUCGACUCGGCGUCGCAGCGCCGUCUCGGCAUCCGCGACUCGCGCGCCCUCGCCCUGCGCGACUGGAUGGGGUCGGCGCGCUUCGACCGCCCCGACGCCGACGACCGCUGGCCCCGCCGCUGGGCCGAGGCAUUCGUCGACUUCGCCGCCGACGGCAUGGAGCGCUACCUCAAGGAGCGCGGCGCCAGCUUCCUCUUUAAUGUAGGCUGGGCCGAGCGCGGCGAUGGCACCGCCGACGGCCACGGCAACUCCGUGCCCCGCUUCCACAUCACCUGGGGCGCCGGCCCCGAGGUCGUCCGCGUCUUCGCCGACCCCGUCCGCGAGGCUGAGGGGAAGGGCCUCGUCGAGUUCCGCUUCCGCCACGUCGUCGAUGAGCUGAUCAUCGACGGUACCGGGCGCGCCUGCGGCGUCCGCGGCCGCGUCCUUGAGCCCGACCCCGCGCCCCGCGGCGUCAAGACUUCGCGCACCGCCGUCGGCAACUUUGAGCUCCGCGGCGCCGCCGUCGUCAUCGCGUCGGGCGGCAUCGGCGGAAACGUCGAGGCGGUGAAGCGGGCGUGGCCGGUCGACCGGCUCGGCCCCAAGGUGCCGGAGCACUUCGUCAUCGGCGUGCCGGCCCACGUCGACGGGCGCAUGGUCGAGAUCGCCGAGGGCGCCGGCGCGCGCUUCGUCAACCGCGACCGCAUGUGGCACUACACCGAGGGUCUGCAGAACUGGGACCCGAUCUGGCCGAGCCACGGGAUCCGGGUGCUGCCGGCGCCGUCGUCGCUGUGGCUCGACGCGACAGGGAAGCGGCUGCCGCCUUUCCUGUUCCCGGGCUGCGACACGCUCGCGACGCUGCGGCACAUCUGCGCGACCGGCUACGACUACAGCUGGUUCGUGCUGGACCAGACCAUCAUCGCGCGCGAGUUCGCCCUGUCCGGGUCGGAGCAGAACCCGGACCUGACGAGCAAGAGCAUCUGGCAGGUGCUGUGGAACCGGGUGUUCAGCUCGCGGGGGACGGGCCCGGUGCAGGCGUUCCAGCGGCACGGGCGCGACUUCGUGGUGCGCGAGACGCUGGAGGAGCUGGUGGCGGGGAUGAACGAGCUCGCGGACGAGGCGGGCGGGCCGCGGCUCGACGCGGCGGCGGUGCGCGAGGUGGUGGAGGCGCGCGACGCGCAGAUGGACAACGCGUACUGCAAGGACGCGCAGGCGAUGCUGGUGCGCAACGGCCGCGCGUACUGGCCCGACAGCCGCAGCCGCGUGGCGCCGCCGCACCGGCUGCUCGACCGCCGCCACGGCCCGCUCAUCGCCGUGCGCAUGAACCUGCUGACGCGCAAGACGCUGGGCGGCCUCGAGACGGACCUGCGGAGCAACGUGCAGCGGGCGGUGCCCACCUCUAACGGCGGCGGCGGCGGCGGCGGCACGGAUACUAAGCCGUUCCCCGGCCUGUACGCCGUCGGCGAGGCGGCCGGGUUCGGUGGCGGCGGCGUCCACGGGUACAACUCGCUCGAGGGCACGUUCCUCGGCGGGUGCAUCUUCUCGGGGCGGGCGGCCGGGCUGGCGCUCGCGGAGGAGCUCGGGGGCCGUCCCGUAGGGAAGAAGUAACGGUGACGGCGACAGGACGGGAUGAUAUUCAGAGGUGAGAUUAGGUUAAACACACUCUGGAUGACGCGACUUGCCGUGUUGUUAACAUUUGGUAUGUAAUGCCGUCGUUCGAAGCAACUCGGCGACCGCCGGAGUACGGAGGAGAUAGGGAUGUUGGCGCACUAGUUUUAUCCGCACGCGUAUACGAAACUUGAAUUCGGUUCCUAAUGCAAGAAUAUGGUGAAGGUAUCGUGAGACAUUGUAAUAGCCCCCUAGUUUAACACCCCCUGCCUGUGUUAUCGUAUGUAGGUACCUACCUAUAGGUAAUAAUAUCCCCGAUCGAGGUAAUAGGGACUCGUGUAUAUUAUCCUUUUCGAAAAAACCAUUCACUGUUCUGCUAACCAAUAUAGCGGAGCUUUACCAGAGAAGUUGGCUAGACAUCGUAACGCCCUCUCCAAAAUCGCAUUUCUCCCUUUGUUGGCGGUUGGGGGACUGGCCUAUGGUAUUGCAGGGUUUCGCCUUACGGGGUAAGACGACAGACACACACUCCUUGGCGUGGCCUAUCGUUGAUAGAGUAACGUCGGGUUUCCAAGGCCUCUUUAUAGCUACCCAUCAUGGGCUGGGCUCGGACUGACUGAUAAUAAUACGCAUUUCUCUCGCACUGCCUACCCCAGCGUUCCAAGGCAGCGCCAAGGCAGCGGGGGGGUGGAGGGGCUCAAGCGGUGU